GUUCAUGUUACCAAGAGUGACUUGAUCACUCAGGUAGGGUUUGCGAUGGACACGUAGGGAGAAUGCGCAAAUAAAACGACACUGAGCAAACACUUAGCCUAUUUCUGGAUAAUCCAGCAUUUCGGGGAUGAAAAACGUCUCGAACACUUAGGAACUUUAAUGUUUUCCAUAUUUAUUGGCAAUAAUUAUAUUUCCUCUAACGGGCGGCUAAAUUAAAACGCUAAAUUUCGUCAGCCGUCUGUGUUGCACAUGGUUACCUAUAACAAUAACUUACAGUGCGCAAUAUUUCGCCUUCGCAAUAUUCCCAAACCUUUAUAUUUUGGGAUUCGUGUGACACACUUUUUCUUGUUUCCUCAAUCGUAAUUUUAUAGCCGAUUCUCAUCGAACGUCGAGAUAUUCAGAUAUCCUGACAACGUUGACUACAACAAAAAGGCCUUCAGGAAAUGAUGUACUUGCGUAAUCUACGAUUUCAACGCAAUAUCUCGCCGCAAAUCUCAAAAGUGUGCGCUACGCUCUGUUGUUGCAGCUCUACGCCUUCAGAUGCGUUGGUUAACAAACCUGGGCGUUUUAGUCGUUGUCAUCAG